AUGUUUGCGAACUUUUUGACUCGCCAUGGUGUUGCGAAAACCGUAGCGAUCGAAAGUGGUGCACGAGCAGUUGCGAUCAGAGGAACAAGUGCUAGCUUAUUACGUCUCGGCGGCUUCAGAGACUUUUAUAAUGGCCGAGACCGAAGAGAAAGUUCUGGGGGUUACAAAGGUAGUAGAAAUCAGUCUGGCUCGAAAUCUAUGGGGCGCCGCCCCCGUAGAGAUUUGCAAGACGACGAGCGUUCUAUUUUGACCAACUCCAGACUCAGCAACAUUAUCCAGGUACCACACGACGAAAAUGCUGCAGAUGUAACUCUCGAUGCGCUCAGAGACGAGGGUGUUAUUGACAAGGAUUUGCAUAAAGCGGUCGAACGCAUGAAUUUUCCCAAUCUGACGCCUGUGCAACAGAAAACCAUGAAGCCCAUCUUAUCCACCGAAAAUGAUGUUAUAGCGCGCGCAAAGACUGGUACCGGUAAAACCUUGGCUUUCCUGGUUCCGAUUUUUGAGCAUCUUAUUAAGACUCGCCUCGAGUCCCCGAAUAUGGUAAAGUGUGUGAUUGUAGCUCCUACAAGAGAUUUGGCUCUACAAAUUGAUUCUGAGAUUGCUAAACUUCACAAAAACAACUACGCUCUGAAAAAGUUCGGCUCCAUUGCUUUAAUCGGAGGCAGUAAUUUUCAAAUGGCUAUUAAGAAAAUGUUCAAAGAUAGACCCAACAUUGUUGUAGCGACUCCCGGUAGACUUAUCGAUGUUCUCUCUAAAUUUUCCAACGAGUUUUUUAAGUUUGUGGACUUUAAAGUACUUGACGAGGCCGACAGGCUCUUGGAAAUCGGAUUUGAUGAGGAUUUGCAGGAUAUUUCUAAGACACUGAACACGUUAAACCAAACUGGACCAGAGCACAUAAGGACACUUCUAUUCUCUGCCACCAUGGGAAACAAUGUUCAAAAGCUGGCCAGCGGAAUCAUGAAUCGGAAAGAAUGUUUGUUUUUGGACACGGUUGACAAAGAUGAACCGGAAGCUCAUGAGAAAAUUGAACAGCGCUUAGUGAUUUCGGAAACGUUUGCUCACAAUCUUUACGCUCCAAUUUCCGCCAUCAAAACACGUUUGGAAAACAAAGCACCUUUCAAAGCCAUCUUGUUUGUCCCAACUGUCAAGUUCACAAAAUUCUACUGCAACGUUUUAGAGAACAUGUUCCCCUCAAUCCCCGUGUAUGAGUUCCAUGGUAAAAUUGACCAGAAAAAGAGAACGAGAUUGGUGCAGCUGUUUAAACGUGCAGAAGAAGGUAUCUUCGUCUGCACAGACGUUGGCGCGCGUGGUAUGGACUUCCCAAAUGUAGAAGAAGUUUAUCAAUUAGGUGUUCCUUCUGAAAUUUCCAAUUAUAUCCACCGUAUCGGAAGAACUGCCAGAGGUGGCAAAGAAGGUAAAGCGUCCAUUUAUUUGUUCAGAGACGAGCUGCCUUUCAUCGACACUUUGGCGGCAGAAAAGGGUGUCAAUAUACAAAAUCAAGAAGAUUAUGUUUUCCAAAACUCUGACGCUGAGGAGUUCAAGCAGUGCUUGCGAGAUGAGUUUUUAUUCAAAGAUGGUUUGGAGUCCAUGCUUUCAUUUUACAAGGGCUGCGAGCAGUCUUACAGAUUCCGUAUGCCACGGGUUGCACGUCAAAUAGCUAACGCUUAUGGUGAAUGUUUACUAGACACUAAUAAGAAGCUUCAAAUCAGUCGCGAAACCGCUAGCAUGAGGUAUGGUUUGAGAGGUAAAAUUGUGGAAGAACUCUUCGCGUCUGGCCCUUCCAGACAGUACCAAAGAGAUUCCUACGGUGACAACGAUAGGGAAAAUAGAUAUAACAGUGGCAGAAACGGUUCCAACAACAGAUAUGAGUCGCGCGGCAAAAGCUACAAGGACACUAGAGGUCGUUGGGAAUCGAAACGAGACAAUACCAGCUUUAACGACAGACGCGCCCAGUCAUAUGGAAAAGGGCAAAACCCAAGGAUAGAAAGCGAUUGA